GCGGGACGGGGGCGGGGCUGCACUCAGCCUGCGGCGCGCGGCAAGGACUCGGGAGGCACUGAGGCUGGAGCCGGGCGGCGGCCCAGGCGCGGAAGGCGACGGCUGCAGGCCCUGCCAUGGAGCCGGGCAGCAUGGAGAACCUGCCCGUCGUGUACCGGAGCCGAGACUUCCUGGUGGUGAACAAGCACUGGGACGUGCGAAUCGACAGCAAGGCGUGGCGUGACACGCCGACCCUCCAGGCGCAGCUGCGGCACCAUUUCCCGGAGCUGGCCGACCCCGACACCUACUAUGGGUUCAGGUUCUGCCAUCAGCUGGACUUCUCCACGAGCGGGGCGCUCUGCGUGGCCCUGAACAAGGCAGCUGCAGGCAGCGCCUACAAGUGCUUCAAGGAGCGACUUGUCACCAAGGCCUACCUCGCUCUGGUGCGGGGGCACGUCCAGGAAAGCCGGACUACCAUCAGUUACGCCAUUGGCAAGAGCAGCGCAGAGGGGCGGGCCCACACCAUGUGCAUCGCGAGCACACAGGGCCGGACGCACCAGCUGCGAGUACACUGCAGCGCCCUCGGCCACCCAGUCGUGGGGGACCUGACCUAUGGGCAGGCCUUGGGCCGAGAGGACCAGCCCUUCCGCAUGAUGCUGCACGCCUUCUACCUGCGAAUCCCCACGCCCACCGAACGUGUGGAGGCCUGCACGCCCGACCCCUUUGUGCCUGCCCUCGAUGCCUGCUGGAACCCCCAGACCUUGGUGCAGCCACUGGACCAACUUGUCCAGGCCCUGAGGGCUGCCCCUGACCCUACAGAAGGGGGUCCCAGGCCCGGCAGCCCCUCCACACCUCUGCCUGGACCUGGCCAAACCCCAUCACCUCCUGCCAAGCCCCCCGAGACAGAGGCACAGCGGGCCUCAUGCCUUCAGUGGCUGUCAGAGUGGACACUGGGACCAGAAAGCUGAGUGCCAGGCUUGGUCGGAUGACAGGCUGGGCCCCUAGGCGCUGGGGGCCACCCAAGGCAGGUGUCCCUGUGUGUGGCCCCACCCUGCUGCAGCAGCCAGGACUGGACAGGAUCCGGCAGGCGGGGCCAGACACAGAUUCCCCAGGAGGGGGCCCCCAGCCCAUGCCCCGGAGCACCUGUUCUUCCCGCUCUGCUAGGACCCCACGCCGUCAGCCCAGCCCGGCCGGGCCCUCUGCACUUGCAGACGGCUGGCCCGUUCCGCCCUGCUGGUCCUUCCUUGUGCCUUUGCCUCUGCCGGACUGCCAUAGGCCUCGCACCCUGAGCACCGCAUUCGGUGGGUCUGGCCCACACGAGCCGUUCCUUGGGAGCUUCUGCAAGCACUGCCCAUGGGGUCUCACAGGUGGCUCCCAGUAGCCGUGGGCUGUCAAACCUCAGCCUGGGAGCCAGGGUGUCCAGCCCCCACCUUCUCCAUCCCUCCCAGCCCACUGCAGGACCCCUCACAGCCAGGCUCGGUGGAGACUUGGAAUAAAAGCGGGGUGGCUGACCCUGUGUAACCAUGACAUGCCUGGUGUGGGGGCGCCGGGUCCCUGCUCCCCUUUCUGUGCUGUGCAGACCUCUGCCCAGGCCCUCAGCAGGUCCCAGAAUUCACCUGCUGUGCUGUGCCCACCAGUGAGCACCCUGCAGCCCACUGAAACCUCAGGGCCCCUCCCGGAGCCACUGCCCCCCACACCAGCCUUAGGCCCCUGCCAGUAUCUCAGGACAUGCCAGGACCCUGUGCCUGGUCAGGCAGUCACCUCAUUCCUGCUGUGGGGCUCCUGGACCUGCCCCGCCUGUGGUUCCUGCAGAUCUCAGCUGCAGUGGAGCCAGAGGCUUCUGUAGAGACCCAGGCCCCUGCACCCCUGUAACAGGAGGGUCCCUGGGUGACAGGGUGCCCAUAGCAGCAGAGGGAAGCUAUGAUGUGCCCAGAUGACCUUUCUCGCCAGCUGGGGGCCUGAUAGGACCCCAUCCUGGUUCAGCCCACCAAGCUCCAGAGGUCACACUGGCGGCGGCCCCCACCUGGGGCACAUGACCUCACUGAGACCUGCCCUGCUCCCCACCACCUCCAUGCCUUCUCCACAGUUGCUUAUCCACCAUCAUGCCCACUGCUGCCACCACACGGGGUCACUGCUGAGCCCGGGUCCUGCUCUGUCCUCUGUGGCCUGCAGUGACUUGGAAGUCCUGUGUCCCUAUUCCCCUGGACCCGCCAAGUUGCUUCCCACCUGCUGGCAUCUCUCGGGGUCUGGGCCCAGGGACUGGGGCUGAGUCAGGGCCACCUGACAGCUCUUCCUCCCAGGGGCUCACACACACACCACCCCCACUGCCACAGAACGUCCCAAAGGGUGGCCAGGUCUCCUUUCCUGUCCCCCAGUGACUGGCCCUGUGUGAGGAAGGCUGGGGGCUCCCUCUGUGGCUGCCUGGGGCAGAGGGCCUGAACUCCGAGAAUAUCGAUCAUGCCAGCAAAGGGAAGCACCUGUCUCCAGGCUGCCUUGCAGAGCCCACCAAGGAGUCCAGCAGCCCCUUUCAGGGGCCAAGUCGGAUGCUUUCACCAGAUGGGCCACUCAGUGCCCUCCAUGCAGGCCCUUCUAGAACUGGGAGCAGGGCCAGCUACCCAGCCUCACUGCUGUCCUUCCCACACCAGGCCCCAGGAAGCUGCCCGUGAGGCUGGGGAAUAGGGCAGCCCACCCACCUACCCUUCACAUCUGCAGCCAAGGCCCAGCCCCACUCCCCGGCAGGACUGCCUCAGACCCAGUGGGAGCAUGAAGGUGCAGCCCCCGUAUGGGCUGCGAUGCCCUGGCUCCAGCCAACCGCCCAGUGCCAGGUGGCUGGGAGGCACCAGGAGGUCGGCCACGGGAUUGGCGGCCCUUGGGGGCCUCGCCACCCGCAGGAUGGGGACUCCCGGCCAGGGUGGGGCCUGCAGGACAGCAGAGAGCCCUGGUCCGGACAUGCUGGCCCGGCUUGGGGCCCACAGGCCAAGCCUGAAGCAGGCAGCCAGGUGGCUGCACAGGCAGGCAGGAAGCCGUGGAAGGAGGGAAGGCAGGGUG